AUGCUGAGUUGCUCAAGUAGGUCUGGUCCAGUAGGGGAGAGAAGAAACCCAACUCAACGACCAAAAGACAUUGACAACAUAACUAAUGAACAAUUCCCCAUGUAUAGGGAAAUUGGUUCACAGGCAGCACCUCAGUCGCACCAUAGACCAAGAGAAGGCCCUUUCGAGCUCAACGACAUUUUUGCCAUAAUCAAUGCUGUUCCGGCCAUAGCCCUCCUCUCCUAUGGUUUUUUCCACAAAGGCCUUGUUCCUGGCCUAUGCUUCGGAGCUGGUCUUGGAAUUACGGUUUUUGGCAUGGCCUACAUGUUCGUCCAUGAUGGUCUUGUUCACAAGAGAUUCCCCGUGGGGCCCAUUGCAAAUGUACCAUAUUUUAGAAGCGUUGCUGCAGCUCAUCAACUUCAUCACUCGGACAAAUUCGAAGGUGUCCCAUAUGGACUGUUCCUAGGACCUAAGGAAAUUGAAGAAGUUGGAGGGCUUGAAGAAUUGGAAAAAGAAACGAGCAGAAGAAAUAAAUUUUCUAAGAAUUCAUGAUGUUUUGUGGGACACAUGUUGAAAAAUUAUUAGAAUGAAGAAAAUUAGCGUGAAAUUAAUGAAAUUGUUUUGAUUUAAUCU